AUGACGCCACAGGAGGCCAUCGCACGGUACGGGCAGCAGCUGAGCGCGCACGAGCGCAGUGAAAUUCUUGAUUACCCACACAUCUACUACGUGGGCAACACGAAGGCGCGCGUGCCGGCGCGCACAAACUACGGGUUUGACGAUGAGCGCGGUGACUAUCUUAUCCAUUUCAAUGACCACAUGCUGUACCGGUACGAGCUGCUCGAGGUCAUGGGCAAGGGCUCGUUUGGGCAGGUGCUGCGGGCGCGCGACCACAAGACCGGUGAGAUCAUUGCGAUCAAGAUUAUCCGCAAUCGCAAGCGCUUCCACCACCAGGCGCAGGUCGAGGUCAAGCUGCUGGAGUGCCUACGGCGGUGGGACCCGUCGGGCGGGCACAACAUUCUGCAGAUGACGUCGAGCUUCUACUUCCGCAACCACUUGUGCAUUGUCAUGGAGCUGCUGAGCAUCAACCUCUACGAGUGGCUCAAGGCGCACCAGUUUGCAGGGACACCGGUGCCGCUGCUGCGUAACUUGUCAGUGCAGAUGCUGCAGUCGCUGCAGCUGAUGGGGCGGCACCGCAUCAUCCACGCGGACCUGAAGCCCGAGAACAUCCUUCUUGCGCGGCCGCCGCCGAUGCCUUCGCGGCGCAGCGGGCCGGCUGGUGCGGCGGGACCGCCACCUCACCCGCUGACCAACCCGCAGCUGAGUGCCGACCUGCAGCGCGGGUCGUACCGGAUCAAGGUGAUCGACCUGGGAUCUAGCUGCUUCGAGUCCGAGCGCGUGUACACGUACAUCCAGUCGCGUUUCUACCGCGCGCCCGAGGUCAUCCUGGGGCUGCCGUACGGCACGGGCAUCGACAUGUGGUCGCUGGGCUGCAUCGUGGCCGAGCUGCUGACAGGUUAUCCGCUGUUUCCAGGCGAAAACGAGCGCGAGCAGCUGGCGUGCGUGGUCGAGGUGCUUGGCCCGCCGCCGGCGUACAUGCUGGAGCGCGCUCCGCGGUGCGCUGACUUUGCCGAGCCGGCGCCGUACGGCCCAUACACCAACACUAAGGGCAAGCGGCGGCGCCCUGGGUCGCGGCCGCUGGUGCAGCUUCUUGCUCGUGCGAACGAUCCACGGCUGGUGGACUUUGUCAUGCGCACGCUGGCCUGGGACCCGGCGAUGCGCCUGACGCCCGAGGAUGCCCUGCGCCAUCCCUGGAUC